AUGUGCAUCAUAGAACAUCCCCUCGGCGGUGGUUAUGCUCAUUCAACACUAAAAAUGGGUCAAGAUACGGAAGCAACCACGGCCACGGCUGUCAGCAGUAUGCCCAUCACCAUUACCACCAGUAACACCAGCAACGGCACGACGCUGUGUGGCAACAAGCGCAAAUACGAAGAAAUUUCUACCAGCACAGAAGCAGCUGCCUCGGCCACGGCCGACAGCGAAAUGACGAUCGUCGAUGUGGUGCAGCACGAAAGUCCGGAAACGGGUCCGAACCAACCGGCGCAGGAGAACAGCGAUGGUAUUAGGGCGUGCAAGAGUCCCCGGUACGACGAUGACGUGCAGCAGGAGAAUGGUACCGUCGCACACAGCAAAGAGGAACAACGUGCACCAACGUCCCCGCCAACGGUAGCGGAGAAGGAAGAUGAAAGCUGUGUCAGCAUUAUUAGUACAACAAUUAGCGCCACUAGUACGACGUCGGUGGAAAGUAGCAUAAGUAACGUUUGUAGCAACAGCAGUAGUAGCAGCAGCAGCAGCAGCAGUAUCACGGUCAGUAGUCCUUUCAUCACCGCCACUCCGACGAUCCUGAGUCCAACGGCACCGAUACUCCUGACCGCACCGUUACCGGCUGAGCCGGAGGAGAAUGCCAUCGCGAAGCUGGAGGCCGUCGCCGUACCGGGCGAAAGUGCGUGGAACUGUGAGCCGAUUGUGGACAGUAUCAGCAAGCUGCAGGCGGUGGCCGUACCGGGCGAAGCGUGGGGCAGUGCGUCCGACAGUACACGAUCGACCCUGGCCACCACGCUGCUAGUGGCGGACGAUCUCGACGAUGACGAUGACGAUUUCGAGGAUGAUUUCGACGACGAUGAGACGAUCCUGCCGGGGUAUUCGUCGAUGCGCUACCCGUGCUCGCCGAACCGUGGCACAACGGUGGCAUCGAUUGCUGGCGGUGGGUACGCGAGUCCGGCCUACCCAAAACCGGGCUACUUCCCGGAACCGUACCAGAACUGUGCACGCACCGGUGCGACCAACAAUGGUGCCCAGCAGUACGCGAAUCGGGGGUAUGGUUGGGCCCAGCACGGUUACUACUCGCCACCGUAUGAGGCGCCCACCUCGCAGCAAACGAUCCGGUGUGCGGAGAAUGGCAAAAGCUACUUUGAGCUUGGGUCGGCCAACUACAGUAAUGCGGCGGCGGCCGCUGGAAUAGGUGCGGGCGGUUCACCCGGACCGAUGAACCCGGCCAUACCGAUGGGAUCGGCCCAGCAGCAGCAGCAACAGCAGCAGCAACAACAACAGCAACAGCAGGGUGGUCCAUUCGGUGCCCCGGGAGUUAUGCCCGGCGGAAGGCCCCACCAUCUGAAGCGAUGCUGUGAUGGGCGCAACAUGUCCUGUAGUAAUAAGCAGUGCUACAAGGAGCGACGCCUGAAGAUGAUGAACCUGUCGAUGUUUAAGCUCGCCCGGUUUCGGCAAGCGUCGGACCAGUCGCUCUAUCGUUCGGUUUUGAUCUGCAACACGCUGAAAUCGAUCGAGCGGGAGAUUGACAAUGAAAACAAAGAGUUCAAUCAGCACCAUCAACAGCAGCAGCAGCAUUUCCAGCAACACCAGCAACAUCAUUACCAUCUCCAGCAGCAACAGCAGCAGCAACAGCAACAACAGCAGCAGCAACAACAUGCGGGAAUGCAUCAUCAACUUUCACCGCUACCGCCACCACCCCCACCACCUCCACCGACGGGUGCAUCCGGUUCGGAUUACUUCGGCAAUCGCAUCGGUGCACCAAACCCGGCCAACCGGCAGCAAACAACCCCCGGUGGUCCGGGAGCUGGAGGUGCAACAGGAUACGGUGAUCCUUCCACGAUCACGAUGCAACUAUCGCCGUACGAUCAGCAACAGCAGCAACAACAACAACACUCGCAACAACACAUGCUGCAUCCCCUGCAUCAUCAUCACCACCUGCAGCAUCAUCAUCACCAUCCACAUCCUCAGUCACAGCAACACCAACAGCAGCAACAAAUGCAGCAACAGCAGAUGCAACAACAGCAGCAUCAUCAUCUUCACUUGCAGCAGCAACAGCAGCAACAGCAGCAGCACCAGUUGCAUCCGUUGUCACCGCAUCUGAGCAACAACGGUCAUCCACAUCCGCUGAAGGAUCCGCAAUCGGGCCGGGCUACUCCCUUCCCAGCGAGCAACGGUGCGUCGUCCAACGCCACAGUCGAACUUCCCGCAAUUAGUAGUAACAAUGGCAGCAGUGGUGAUAAUGCCUCCACGACCAGUAACAGCAGCAGCAGCAGUAGUGGUAGCAACAGCAGUAGCAACAACGGCAGUAGUAAUAGCAGCAACAGCAGCAGUACCAGUAGUGACAUUAGCAGUAAUAAUAGCGAUACAAGCAGUAGUACUUCCAGUACCUACGAGCAGCUAGUUCAUCAUCAUCAUCAACAACAUCAUCUCCACCAGCAGCAGCAGCAGCAGCAACAGGAGCAGCAGCAGAUGCAAGCACUGCACCACAGUCAGCUUCACCAUCAUCUCGAGACGGAUGCGAACGGGUUCACCGAUGACGAUUGUACGCGUCCCAUCAAUUGGGGCUCGGUACUUAGCUUAUCUUCCCAGUCGGCACUGGAUCCGCUAAAUGGUAGUGAUCUGUUCGUGACGUCCCCAACCGGCCCCGUACCUGUGGUGGUGGAUGACGACACGAGCGCACCGUCCUCGAGCGUUGUCGUUGUUGUUGAUGGCUGUGAUGAGAGCGGGUCAUUACCGUCCUCCCCGAAUGUGGUCAGUUCCGUGCCAUCGCAAGUCGUUCCCGGUGAGGAAGGCGUAACCGGUGCCAGUUCCGCGUCCGGGUCCGAAGCGGGGAGUGAUGUCGUCGGUGGGAGUAAUUCUAAUGGAUCUGGACCGAAUGGAACGAUUGGUGGUGAGGCCACGCUAACGCUUGUUGAUGGCGCCACUGAGGUCACGGGGAACAAUGGAGGUAGCUCUGGCAAUAGUACCACCUCCAAUAGCAGCAGUAGUAGUAGUAGUAGCAGCAGCAGCAGUAGUAGUAGCAGCAGUAACAGCUCUAGCACCAUUGGCAACAGUACAAAUGGCACCGCGGGCGGUAGUUCCUCGCCGGGAAAGUGUGAAGUUGACAGUGACGUAGACAUGGAAGUAGCGACCGGCAGUGGACCCGAAGGUGAUGUGGUGGAUGACCCGACCGUACCGGCAGCACCGUCGGCCACGGUCGCCGACGGAAGCGAUGAUCACGAUCGUUCGAUCUCGCCCAGCUCCACGACCAUGCUCACCUCGCUGACGACGCUUACGAGUAGUAAUAGUAGCGCCAGGGGAGACACCAGCCAUCUGACGACGCUUACCAGCAGUAGUGCGGCCUCUUCACCGCUGCUCUCAUCCUGUGCCUCCGCCCUGCAACACUACAGCAGCUUGCAGCAGCAUCAGCAGCAGCAUCAUCAUCAUCACCAUCAUCAUCCGCAACAGCACCAUCAUCACCAUCAGCAGCAUCAGCAGCAACAGCAGCAGCAACACCAUCCGUUCCAUCAGCACGGCAUCCACGGUAGCAGCGGCACGGGCAGUUCGAGCUGCUGGGAGUUUGCGUACCUGGACAUGGAUCUCGGCACGACCCACGAGCUGUACGAUAUGUUCCCGAGCUGCUACAAGAUUACCUCCUUCAACUCGGGUGAUCACGUGGACGUGCUUGGGCUGAAAGGGCCCAUGCUCGAGGGUCCGAGUAAGGUCGUGUGCGGGGACAACGAGAUGGACUCGUUCACGACCCACAUCAUGGUCGGCAGUUAGUAUUGAACGGGUGGUACCGUGCAUCGGAUGCGUGGAUCCCGCCGCUGAACCGAUGACCGACAGAUGGCUGUGCAAUGUGCAUGCGUGCGUGCGUGCGUGCAAUGGUUCCUUAUGGAUGCUAGUGGGGGGGUUCUAGGUUUACCGGGAGAGAGAAUGAGGGUAUAUGACGGCCUCGCCGAUAAGGAUAGGGCUCCGCAGCAGAGAUUUGAGGGAAUGUCUACGCUACUGCUAUUACUACUUACCACUUGUUGAGCUUUAGUUUCCUUUUUUUUGCACCCGUUCGCUCUACAUGACUCCGAUGGCGUUACGGCAGUUACGGAAAACAGUAUUUUUUUGGUGUAAAUGAUUGUGCCAUAGACACACCAGUCCCUCCACAGUCACACUAACUCACAACACAGUAACCAACCCAACCACAAUCAAUAUCGUAUGUUCCUGUUUGUGUGUGUAUCGUCAAUUCCUAUUCUACAAUUCUUUAGCAAGAUCAUGCAUUUUUCCGUUUUUGAGGCGUUCGGUGGGUCUCGUCUCCAUUUGGUAGUAUCCUUCCACGUUCUAGUCCACAGCGAUACAUUUCUUUUGCGUAAUCGCUUUCCUUUUUGGCGACUCUGGAUCCGGCUCCUCGCUUCAGAUUUGCAAUGAGAUCGUGGCAAAGUUAGGCCAAAACCUGUGUCAAUUGUGAGCCGCGAAAAAGGGUAGUAAAUAGUGUAUGCUAUUGUUUUAUCAUGAUCAUGUCACAAACUUGUUGUUUUGUUUGUUUGUUUUAUAAAUACUACUACCGGUGAAAGAUGAAAGCGAAUGGUGUGUGUGGGUGUGUGUUGCAUGCUUUCCUCAAGCGCACACUGCAACACAUCCCAAACUGCACGCAGUCUCGAACAGGAACUGAAAAAGAAAUGAGAUGAAAUUCAAAAGCAUUAACAAAAGGUGUUCGUUGGUCAGAACCUAAUUCAAAAUCGAAAACAAUCGAAGUGAUGUAUUAUAGGGAAAAAGAUGAGCGAGAUUAUAUCUAUAUAUAUAUAUAUAUAGAUUGUAGUGUAGUAGAAUCCGCAAACGUGGAACAAAUUUAUUGAUGGUAAAAACAGCAAGCAGCAGCAGUUUCGAACAUUUAAUGUUGAUUAGAAGGGAGUUUAAAACAUUGUAGGUAACGUUUACACACGGUGUAAACGAUGGCAUCUUUUCUAGGGCAAAUGUGUAAAGUGUAAUGAAUAUGUGUGUUUGUUUGUGCGCGCGUGUAAAAGGGCGAGGGAAAUGCUGCUUGCGUUGUUUUAGUGCGGAAGAUUAAAACAGCAACAAACAAACAGCGCUUAGGUGGUGUAUAAUCUUCAUAGUUCGUAGAGUUCAAGUUCGAGUAAGCGAAAGAACAAAAAAGAGUAAUUUAUUGAUCUAUAAAUAUACAUAUAUAUAUAGACCGUAUAUAUAUACUUAUAUAUACAACAUUAAAACAGUUAAGCUGUAAAUAUAAGAUAGUGUAGAGCAAAAUGGGCUAGGAUCGAGCAGGAAACCGAUAGAGACGGAAAUGAACAACAAGCAUCCCUAGCAUUUAAAAGCAGCGCAGAAAGGAAAACGAGAGACGGCUGCGCUGCUACUAAGCACAAACACAUGAUGGCAGUCUUUCGUUCAUGAACCGCCCUCGGGCCCCAAAUUGUAUUGUGGGUGCGUUUGAUUGGACGUGAUCUUAAUCUAGAGACAAAUGAACAAAAUUACAAAACAAAAGAGAAAAGCAAAAGGUGGCGCGAGUAAUAAA